AUGACCCACGUGCAGCGGUUCAGGACGUCGCAUUUUGUGACACAUCACAUCCCCACAGGUGAGAGUUUAAUUUCAUUGUUUUCCGGUUUUAGGUACAACAUCAAGGUGAAGGUCCACGAAUCGAGAGGUUUGCGGAAAUCCGGAGCGAAUAAUGCUUGUAUUUGUCGGAAGUAUAGUAGAGAAUAGCUGGGAAAUAUUUACGGCUUAGCGGGCGUUGUAAAUUUUGUUGAAUCAUAUUUAUUCGGGUCUGAGCCCACAAGACGCGAGGGAAUUCGUCGGAUGGGUGCUAAUUAUUAUCCCCGACAAAGACAACAUCCUUUUUUUGUUUGCGCAUAGCUUGCAGAUGGCGAUUUAUCAGAGUUCGGUUUGAUUUCUUGCUUGUUGUUUUAGUCUUCCCAUCAAAUUUGAAUAAAAUGUAGGUGAAGAUUUCGAAAAGGUUUGAACUCUCUCCGAAUUCAGGGGCAUUCGUUGUCAGACACGGUGAGGUGAGUGGUGGCCUCCGGAGAUGAGUAGGCGCAGUUUAAUGAGAUGGAACACGUUGCCGAGUACGAUUUUUUUGCCAUGGAUAAUAUAGGUUCUCAGUGCUAAAACGAAAAUUUUCCAGCUUUUGCUUUGAUGUUUAUAAAGUGAGUUUUUUCAGUCCUAGAAGAAAGUGGUGAGGACAAUUUGGAUGUGGAUGUCAAGCCAAAGGUUUGUGUGGUUGGAGUUAUGCCUCCAAACGGAUCAAUCGUCCUAAAUGUAUUGGUAAGCAUGGUUUUUUUUUGUAAUUUUGCAAGUUUUAGAGAAAUUUUGGCUUGUCUUUGGUCUGGGAUGAGUUUUUUUGACGGUGACUGAGAAAAAUUUAUAUUGUAGUAGGUGAAAAAUGACAAAUUUUUAUGUUUUUUAGCAUGGGUUUGAUGACUUUUUGUGAUUUUUGAGUCGUUCAUGGCAUAUUCAAGCUAUUUGUUAGCUUUUGCGGCUAUGAACUUGAAUUUUAUUAUAUUAUACUAGGUAAAAAUUGGCAAAUUUGACCUUUUUCGGAGAAAGAAGUAGUUUUUCGCGAUAUUUGCAGGAUUGUACGACUUCUCUUGACCAAAUUUUCUUUCAAAAUUUAAAUGUUUUGUAUUACACUAGAUAAAAAUUUGACUAAAACCUUGAAUUUUUCAGAACAAGAUGGACUGCGAAGUUGUUUAUAGUGACACGGGCGCGGAUCACGUCAACGACUCUAAUGUGACCUUUCUCUGUUGGCGUUUCGACGAUCCGAUUUUCUUCGCUCUCUCCGAAGCCGACUGUCUGAUUUUGGGCCCCACAUUGAUUCUGCAAUGUGCCGGCGAUAAGAAGAUCCCCACCAUCGAGAAGCGACGUCCAGUCUACACGCAAAGCCUUCGCGGAAUGCGGUUUUCGAUGAGUGGGUUCUCGGGUGAUGAAGUGAAACGAUGUGUGGACCUAAUUCACUUCAUGAACGGAAGCGCACGCGGAAAAUUCACACAUAAGGACAUUUUAGUGGCAGCCAAUGUCACCUGCACCAAAUAUCAUGCAAGUUUGGAGAGGUUGAGGAACAAAAAAUGUUGAUUUGAAAGAAAAUGGCCAUUUUGACCAUGUGUUAGCCUAAAAAUAAGGUCAUUUUGGUAAUUUUUUGGAUAAAUUGUUCCGGGUUUUGGGUAUUUCCGGAGAGUAUGUGGUCUGGGGUUGCUUAUAACCAAAGUUUAAAGAGUCAUGAAAGAAAUUUUUAUUUGGAAAUUCAAUUUUUUUGGCUUUGCCUUGUUUUGAACCUAAAAUAAUGUUUUUUUGCUGGCUGAAAUGCCAUUUUUUAGAUCGAUUUUGAUGAUAGUUUUGAUAUGAAUGCCUUUUUGAAGGUAAAUAUUAUCAUUUGAAGAACUGGGAAGCCUAAAUAUUGCUUUCAUAUCCAUUUCCAUCAAGAAAUAGAUAGAUUUUCAAAUUUUUCUCAAAUUCAAGCUGAUUUUUCAAUAUUUUUUGUUAUUUUUCUCGGUUUCAGGACGCCUGCAGUGUUGACUCCACCAUCUUAUCCAUGGAUUUCUUGGAAUUUUGCUGGUCGAAGCGGGAUGACGAGAAUUUCCAACCCCGCGACGUCAUCGAUCAGUUCCGACUCCGAUGUUUUGUUGGCCUCAAAAUAGCGUUGAAAGGAUUCAGUAACCCCCAUGAGAUUGGAAAAUUGAAAGCCAUGGCGAAAGACAAUGGUAAGCGAGGUUAAAUUCGGUUUUUUUGGAGAUUUUUUCUUAUCCUUGAUGUGUAAGAUAAGUUGUGGCGAAAUAAGUUUUAUUUUGCGUUUUAUUUUCAGGCGCCAUUAUUGUAAAUCAAGUCGAAGCCACACACGUCCUGUUCCCGGACGAAGAAACCGCCAUCCAACAUCGACGGCCCGGGGAUAAGGUGUUUUAUGUUAGUCCAGAGGUAAGCACUCGAAAAAAUCUUGAUUUUAAUGGAGUCUUUGGUAUUUAUUGGCAUUAAAGAGGGCAAAAAUGAGAAUUAGGGUGAUUUUUUUGACUUUACCAUACAUAUUUUUCUAGAGUUUAGUCGAUUUAUAUCGAUUUUUGAUACUUUUAUAGUGUUUUAAGUAAAAUUUUGAAAAAUUCAAAAAAUUUUUGUAUUUUUAAAGGGUAAAACAAUGUUCUUUGGGCGCGACAUGUUUGUAAAUGGAAUAAUUGUUUUAUUUUUGAUCAAAUGAAGGGCUGUUUUGGUAAUUUUUACCUUGUUUUAGCCAUUUUUUGAUGAAAUUUUUCAUUUUUUCUCAAUUUUUUCGCGAAAUGUCAAAAUUACGGCCUGUUUUUUGUUGCGAAAAUCGUAAUAUUCGGUUUGCCGUUGGCUGAAUAACGCUCAGUGCGCUCGAGCAUGCAAUAAACAAGCCCUGAGGGGUUUUCUCACAAUAAGACGGAUUAAUUUGCCCCAAAAAAUGUUAUGGAAUACCUAAACGGCCUGUUUUUUCGCGUUUAUCCGUUUGUCAUCCCUCUCGGAGAUUCGCGGCAUGACGGGAUGUUGUCAAAACUUUCAACCCCGAAGGGGUUUUUUUCGAUUUUUUUGAGCCUCAAGGUUUGAAAGAUCAAAAAGACGAAAAAUGUCUUGAUUACCUGAAAAACGAGCUUGUUUUUUUGAACCCUGAGGUUGUGACGGGAGAAUUUUGGCGAGAAAAUGAUAAAUAUGGGAGGAAUUCAGCAGGAUUGAAGGGAAUUUUGAAGUUUUUUGUCGAUUUUUGUCUAGUAUAAUAUAUUUUUUUUUUUGGAAUUGAUGGAAAUUUUGGUGGUUAUACGUCUUGUUUAUUGUUAUUAUGGCGUUUAAGGAAAUCUUUGAAUGUUUGUUUACAUUUUUUCAAAGGUUUUGAGGCAUUUUUAUAUUACACUAGACAUUUUUACCAAUUAAAAUUUGGUGUUUUAGACGUUUUUUUCGGAUUUUUUGUGUUCCCCCCGGACAUCACGAUGCAGACGGUAUUUGCUUAAACCGAAUUUUUGAGCCUUUUGGACCGGAUUUUUGUUUUUCUCAAGAUUAUACUUUUAAAAGGGCAUUUAAAGGGUUUCCUGGCAUUCGGGAGUAUUCGUCUUACAUAACUGAAAACAUCAUUUUUCUCUAAUUACAGGGGUUCCUUCAAAAAUUUUGCGGGUUUUCCGAAGUUUUUGUGUUUCACAUUGCUUUUUGAGAGAUCUUUAAGUUAGUUUGGAGGUUUUGUUUGUGUUUGGGAGGAUUUUUGUGCCAUUUUAAACGUUUUUAAUGGCUACUCGAAACUGACAACCUUGUGUCAGGUAUUUCUCUACCAAUAAUGCACCAAUUUUUAUAAAAUUUAUACCAAAUUGAAGCUGAGACAUUCUCCAUUUCUUGUCCACCAAGUAUGAUGUGUUUACGUUCACGGAGGCUCCCGUAUUGACCUUUGACAUCUUCAUUCCAAGUUUUGGAGCCCGAAAUCUGCUACAUAUAUGAGGUUCGCUAUGUUUCUCCGAUUUCGGGCUCAAAAAUUUGAAUAAAAAAUGUCAAAGGUCAGUACGGGUGCCUCCGUGAACGUAGACACAUCAAACUUGGUGGACAAGAAAUGGGGUGUCUCAGCUUCAAUUUGAUAUAAAUUUUAUAGAAAUUGAUGCAUUAUUGGCGGAGAAAUACCUGAAAUAAGGUUGGUAGUUUCGAGUGGCCAUUGAAAACGUUUAAAAUGGCACAAAAAUCCUUCUAAACACAAAUAAAACCUACAAACUAACUUAAACAUUCCUCAAACAAGCUAUUUGAAACACAAAAACUUCAGAAAACUCUCAAAGUUUUUAAAGGAACCCCUGUAAUUAAGGCAAAAUGAUGUUUUCAGUUGUGCAAGAUGAAUUGUAUAGUAUUAUGUUGGUUUUUUACUUUGGUUUUCAAAAAUUUUUUAGUGGUUCAAUCGCUCGAUCAAGAUUGGCCGCCGCGCCACCGAAUACAUCCACCCCAACCCUAUGCCCAUCUCACCCAACAAAACCCUGACCGCCAACUCACAAUUCACGGAGCAGUCGGCCAACACCCUCAGCGCCCAAUCAUUCCAGCGACGCAGAGCCUUGAACACGAUCGCAGACCCCAAUAACUCGCCCAUGUCGGCCGCCACGGCGCCCUCGACGAAUGUCGCGAGCACCUCGGCCGCCUCGUUUGGUCAGGUCACCGGCUCAUCUCAUUCCAAGUGAGUAUUUUUGGGGAUUUUUGGAGGCUUUACGGCGAUUUUCUUUUUGUUUUUUAUGGUAGGAUCGAAAAAAGAGGGCAAAAUAGCUGAUUUUUGAAGUAAUUCUUAGAAAAAACAGUAAAUAAAUAUUUGGUAUGAUGUCUACAAUAUUUUUUCUAGUAUGAAAAUUUGGUCUCCCCUUGCCAUAUCACAGAUUUUUGAGUUUUUUUUUGGUCCGAACCAGCUUUACAAGGUCCGAAAACCCGCCGUUUGUCUCUUACUCGGAAAGAAAGAGCCUUCGAACAGGUGCCUUGGUAGCGCAGUGGCAGCGCGUCAGUCUCAUAAUCUGAAGGCCGCGAGUUCGAUCCUCGCCCGGGGCAGCAAAUUUUUUUGCGAUUUUUUGAUAAAAUAUAACGCGAAGUUGGGGUUAAAAUUGUUGGAUAAGGUUAUUAAAUGUGUCUAGGAUUCAUUUUUGUUGUUUUAGGUCGUCUUUGGACAACCUCGAGAACAGCGGAUCCGGCCUUCUGGACCGAUCGGCGGAUCAGCUGGAUGGGAACGGCCAGCUGCCCAAAACUAAAAGAUUCAAGGUGUUCACGGAACUGCUGGACACGGAGCAGAACUACGUCGACAUUUUGAGUCUUAUCAUUACGGUAAUUUUUUUAAAUUUUGAUUUUUUUUUUUGGAUUUUAGGUAUAUUGCUCGAUUCUUGAUAAGAACCGUCGAAAAUUCUCAAUUUUCAGAAUUUCAAACAGCCGUUGGAGUCGCGACCGGACGAUCUGGUCUCGAGACGCGAUCUGAACACGUUGUUCUCGCGAAUAGAACCCUUAUACCACGUACAUUCCAACAUUUUGGGCUCGCUUAAGGCGCUGGCGGGCCGCGACUUCCGAGAGUGGCGCGAAAACAAGCUGGUGGGCCAGGUGUACGCCACCCCCAAGGAUGCACUGAUCGACCAUUACGUGUCGUACAUGAACUCAUACGACCAAGCGAAGGCGUCGUUGGACACGAUUUUGCUCGACCCAAAAGUCGCUAGUUUUAUGAAGGUAGGCGAAUUUUGGAGACUGAAAAAUGGUGGAAAAUGUGGGUGUAAUGGUUUGGAAUUGAAAAGUAGAAGCGUUUGAAUGAUGCUGCUUUAAAUUCAGUCCAUUCCAGGAGCUGGAAAGCAACCCAGCAUGCAGGAAAUGCAGCCUGCGCGACAUGCUGAUCCGGCCCGUCCAACGACUGCCCUCGGUCAUACUGCUUCUGAAAGAGCUGCGCAAAGCCACGGACAAGAACAACCCCGACUACCAAUGGCUGGAAAAGGCCAUCCAGUCCGUGGACGAGGUCCUCACCAAGUCCAACAAACGCCGACAAAUGACCGACCAAUACUCGGGAUUCAUGCAGAUUGCGAACGAUAUUGAAGGAUUCCCGGUCGGUUUUUUGGGUUGUUUUGGGGAUGAGGAGGAAGUGUAGGGCUGGAAAAAGGAUGUGAUGAAUGGUUGGCUAGUUGGUUUUGAGAUUUUUGGGGGAAAAAUUGGAAUUUUAUAUUGAUUUAGGUUGUUUUGGCGGGUUUUUGAUAAAUUGUGAAGAUUUUGGUCAAAUGUUUUGGUUUUUUCGAUGGAAUUGAGGUGCGUGGAGAAAGUAGAAGACAGAAUUAGUCGGUUUAUAGGUGUGCAUCGAUUUUUUAGCGAGAAAAUGAAAAAAAAUUUCUCAAAAAAAAAAAUUUUUUUUUUUGGUUUUUUUGCGCCGAAAGUAAUUGUAAUUAAAAUUUCAGACAACUUAUGUCCAAUCGUCCAGAGAGUUCAUCCAGAAAAUUGAUUUGUUUGUACUGGGCGCCGGCGGAAUGAUGGCUCGAUUGAAGGGGAAGGUGGUCAGCUUCUUCCUCUUCAACGACACGGUUGUGGUGAGUAAAAUUUUUUGUUUUGAGUUGAGAUAGGGUUUUUGGGUAAAGUACGGAGUAUGGAAUUCAGAGGGAAUUAUUUUUUUUUGAUUUUUCGAUUUAAAUUAUUUUUUUCUAUUUUUUGGGUUUUUUUAUUUUUUAUUAAUUUUUUUUUGAUUUUUCGACGAUUAGAAAAAUCUUUUUUAAUUUUUUGACAAUUCAUUUUUUUUUCAAAAAAUUAAGUUUUUUUUGAUUUUUCGAUUUAAAAUUUUUUUUUAUUUUUUGAUUUUUUUUUUUUUUUAUUUUUCGACACAAUUAAAAUAUUUUUUUCAAAAAUUAAAUUUUUUGUUUGGUUUUUCGACAAUAAAAAUAUUUUUUUAAGGUUUUUUGACGAUUAAAAAAAAAGUCUUUUUUGAUUUUUCGACAAUUAUUUUUUUUUUCAAAAAUUAAUUCUUUUUGAUUUUUCAAUUCUUAAACCCAUUUUUUCACCGAAAUGAUUUUUUCAGGUCGCCAAGAACCGACGAGCCAGCCUGCACCGCGACUCCACCAGCUCCAUGGGCCUCUCGAACUCGACGCAGAACCUGAACACCACCACGGCCUCCAAUCUGACAAUGUCCAUGUCGAUGAGCGGGAACAGAGCAACGUUGGCGCGAAACAAUUCGUUCCUCGGUUCGUUCCGAGCACCCCAAAGAAAGCCGUACAAAUACAUUGACGCCUUGCGGUUCAGCUGCUUCCGAUUGUUGUUGCACACACAGGAUCGAGGUGGGAAUUUUUUUGGGGGUUGUUUUGGCUGUGUGGGAAAAUUUUGAACACACAAAUUUUUUUAAAAAAAAGCGAAAAAAUCUAUGAAUUUUUAAAACUUUUUUUUGGAUUUUUAAGAUUUUUUAAAAUUUUUUUUAAAAAACUUCGUUUUUUUAAGCUCGUAUUUUACCUUGGUUUAUCUGAUAUUUUUAAAAAAAUUUUUUUUUUUGAUUUUUCGAUUUUUAUUUUACCGAUUUUUUCAGGAGUUUUCUUCAUGAAAAUCCGCGAUCAAAAGGCGGAUGAGAUGUGCGCCUUCCAAGUGGCCGGUGAAACGGACAGCCGCGCCGCAAUGGUGUUCUUGAACGAACUGGUCCAUGUCAUCGGGACCAACACAACCAGACAACUGAACCUGAAUGACGCGUUGGAAGUUCUCGACAGAGAAGGAGGCUACUUUCUAGACCCGGAGGACUUGGAUUUUAUGAGAAGAAUGAUGUAAGUUGAGAUUUUUUUAAAGUUGGGGUUUUUUGGAAAUUUUAAAUUUUUCUGCGGAUUUUUGAGGGUUUUGGAGGGAGAAUAGGAUUUUUAAGGGUUGUAGAGGCUAUUACUGUCCAGUUUGAAGUUUUUGACAUCUGCAUUUUUUUCAUUUUUCGACCAAUUUUAUAUUGUUUUAGGUAAAAAUUGAGUUUUUUUUUUGAGGAAUUCGGGAUGUUUUUUUUUUUUGAUUUUGCAAGUACUAAUUCACGCGAAGAAUUAAUAGAGAUGUAAAUGAAGGCAUAAAAUUGCCAAUUUUUUAUUGAUUUUACCUUGUUUUUGGCUAAAUUGAUGUUAUUUUAGAGAUCAAUUUUUUUUCUUUUUUCCGGGAUUUUUGAGGUGUUUUUAAGCUUGUAGAUGCUAAAUUAAAUAAAAAUUACUUUUUUCUAAUAUUUGGGAUAACAAAAUUGCUUUUGUGGAAAUUUACCUUGUUUUAGACAUAAAUUUAUGGCAUUUUUUAUUAAAAAAAAUUUUAUUAUUUUAAAGUUUUUCUCUGUUUUUUCGAGGGCUUAGGUAGAAAUUGGAGUGAAAAUUGAUUAAAAAUUUUUUUGAGUUGUGGUUUUUGCUGUUUUUAGACAAUAAUUUGCCUUGUUUUUAUGCUCAAUUUAUAUGAUUUUUGAUUAAAAAAUUUAAUUUUUUUUACAUUUUUGCUGUUUUAUAUGACAUUUUUAGGUAGCAAUUGAGCUGAAAAUUGAUUAAAAAAAUAUUUUGAAUUAUUUUUUUGGCUCUCUGUUAGAUUAAUUUUUCUUUGUUUUACAAGGAAAGUACUUCUAUGGGGUAUGGAGUUACAGGUCGAGUCAUAUAUCAAAAAAUUCGCAAAAUUUUUCCGAUUCAGAACAUGCAAAAAUUAGCUGCCUAAUUUCUAGUAAAGAUACCAGAGUUUACUGCAACUCAAAAACAAGCUUUGUAUUUGGUAAAAACUUGGUCAAAAAGGCAUUUGCGUGGUGUUUCGAGAAAAGUUCCGAGGGUUUUUUUUCACCCUUACAUACCAAAAUUAGGCAGCUAGUUUUUACAUAUUCUGAAUCAGAAAAAUUUUGCGAAUUUUUUGAUAUAUAUCUCGACCUGUAACUCCAUACCCCAUAGAAGUACUUUCCUUGUUAGACUAAAUUUAUUUGAUUUUCGAUAAAAAAUUUUUAUUUAUUUUUUCACUUUUUUUGUAUGUUUUUCGCGGGUUUUAGGUAGAAGUUGAAGUGAAAAUUGAUUAAAAAAACGUUUGAGAUAUGUUUUUUGCGGUUUUUAGACUAUAAUUUUCCUUGUUUCAGAAGCCAGGCGGACCACCAGGAAGCGGGCAACGCGCUGCGCCGCUCCCACUCGCAACUGCGACGCGCGGUGUCGUCGGUCUCCAUCCACCUGCACCGCAUGACGUCGCGGUCCAAGUUCAACGACAGCGUGUCGGCCCUGCCGCGCUGA